AUGCCAAUCGAGCAAUGAUUCCUGUGAGGGUCAUGAAUCACGUAUCGAGUGCGUGGCGAUAGCCGAUUGCAAUCUCUUGACUCGUCCGCGAUUCUGUUUACGGCCAGGAUCGUCGCCCUAGGAGACACCUCAACGCACCAGCCCAUAUGAGUGGUCAACUACCACCACGCACCCGGUCUGGUAUUCCCGUGGUAUUUGAAAUUUCCAUCUUAUUAUUGUAAUUUGUUACAAGCAAGCCUCGCGGGGGCUUGAAGGUCGGCGUUGCUUGUAUUAGAUACAAUCUUAUGAUGAUGAUUGAUGCAUUACGGCCACUGCCCAAAAUAACCACCAGUAAUCAAUGCGGCAGGCCCUCCCACCCGCCAAACCCUGCCAGUGCCAACAAUUUUCCUGUACCACGACGCCCAUACCACGCUCACUUCCCUUUCCACUUUCCCCCUCGAACCAACCUACGUGGUGUACUCUUUCACUGUUUCUUCAUACACUCUUUUUUUGUCCUUUUCACUUCAUCCACUGUUGAAUCGUUGGACAAGAACCCAACCGCCCUUCCUUCCUUUCCGCUUCUCGAUAAGAAGAAAGGCAGGAUCGUGGGCGCGGAGAGGUCGAAGGCUUUUUGCCCAGUGCUGUCCUUCCGCCUGUCGACAAUUCACGCUGCUCCUACCUUUUAUCGUUCGUUCAUCAAGAAUCAACAACAACUACUACUCGACGCAUCAACACAAAGUCCAAUCGCUCAUAAUUUCACGCCUGAAAAGAAUAAUUCGAAAUAAUACAGACCUUUUUAAUUUUGCUCUCGCGGGCGACGUGACAAGAUAAAGAAAGGCACCUGGACGUGACCGAUUGCUAAUCUUCUCCACCGCCCUCAACCUCCAAAAUCAUCUCGCGGGGCUGAUUUCCAUUCGUUGUAUCGACGC